CUAAAUCGAGGCUAACCCUGAGAAAUAGAGAACUCGAAACUGGAGCGUUGAUGGUACCCAUUAACCUUUGCAAAAUUAAGAUGGAAAAUAAUUUCCUAUCCUAUAUAUCGUAGAAAAUCAUGGCUCUAUGGAUAAAGCUGGUUUUUGUGAUUGCUUCAACAAGAAAAGAAAAGAAGAUCCUGUCAUAUUGUUUCCUUGUGGUAUUCUCACCAUCCAAGUCCAGGAGAUAUGGCAUUUGCGUUACUAAAACUGUCUUUCCAGAUUUUGAUGUUUUUUAGGAUAUUGUGGCUUACCUCUUGUACGACAGAUUGCUUUUGCUGCACAUUCAAUACACAUAAAUUAGGUUGGAGAGAGGGCCGAGGUGAGUGUAGAAAAUAUGGGGGUGACUUGGUAACCAUGGAAACGGAAGAGAAAUGGAAAUUCAUUAAUUCAAAGAUUCAAGGGAUCAAUAAGUAUCCCAAUGAAUGGUACAUUGGCCUGAAAAAAGAAGGAGGAGAAUGGAAAUGGGUGAACGACAGAAUACUUUCAAUAAACAAGUGGCAAAGAGAUGUACAUGAACCAAACGGUGAUGGGGAAUGUGUGGCUAUGGCUAAGAACUAUCCACCCGGAACACAAGGACUCUUUAAAGACCUCGACUGUUUACACCUAUAUAUGUAUGUGUGUGAGUACAGAAAAGGGAAUCCAAGAUGCAAGGACGGUUAUUAUCCACCUCGCUGUAUCGAAACAAAUCUGGGUUCCACUCCUGCAACACCUACACAAUCGGCUGCCUCCACAACACAACCUACUCCAUUGGGAGCGACACCUACUUACAAAACCCAGACAGCAAGUGCAAUAUCUACGCCAAAUGAUAAAAGAACUUCUGAACGAGACGAAGUUAGCCAACGACAACCGUCAGAGAUGGCCAGCAUUAGAUGCAUAAAUAUCAAUGAAGGGAGCUCGUCCAUGCCCGAGCAAAUAACCGAGACCGAUGCCGUUAUAUAUGCUGAUAUAAAAGAUGRCCAUGCACGUUUUGAAAAUCCUGAAACAACMACCUAUGCUGAGAUACACGAUUACAUGUCACCAUGUUCUCACCCUGUACCAGCAUAUCCUGGACCAUAUGAAGCUACUGAAAAAUACGAGGGGCAAGUAUGUCAAUCCGUUGAUAACAAAGACACUGGAGAAGAUGAUGUUGAUGAUACACAGUAUGAAAAUGCUCCCAAUAGUGCAACCCAGCAGCCAGGAGAAAAGAUUCUGGAUCCUAAAAUUGACCCAGAUGAACAGCUAACCGUAACUAAUGCUAUCUACGCCACGGUUGACAAGUCCAAGAAAAAAAAAUCAGCGAAUAAACAAGUGGAGUUCGACCCUGUGUACGCACAGGUUGACAAAAGUGCAAAAACCAAGGUUAGUUUACGCCUGAGCAUCACGUGGUGUAGGGGUACCUGCUUUGCUCUCGUGUCAGGUUAG